AUGGAGGCAGCCUCGCCGGCAGGACCCGGCACCCCGCAGCCUGGCGCGCGGGGAGCGGCGGGCGCGUUCGGCAGCCUGCUGCGCGGGGUAAAAGGCAAAGUCUUCACUUGGAAAAUUUUGAAAACAAUUGCUCUGGGUCAGUUGUUGUCCUUGUGUAUAUGUGGGACAGCCAUCACCAGCCAGUAUCUGGCAGAAAGAUACAAAGUGAACACCCCUAUGCUUCAGAGCUUUGUCAACUAUUGCCUGCUGUUCCUAAUUUAUACAGUGAUGCUGGCAUUUCGAUCAGGCAGCGAUAACCUUUUAGAAAUCUUGAAAAGGAAAUGGUGGAAGUACAUCUUGCUGGGACUAGCAGAUGUGGAGGCAAAUUACCUGAUUGUCAGAGCAUAUCAGUACACGACUCUAACCAGUGUCCAGCUUUUGGAUUGCUUUGGGAUUCCUGUGUUGAUGGCUCUCUCGUGGUUUAUUCUUUAUGCAAGAUAUAGAGUGAUUCACUUCAUCGCUGUGUUUGUGUGUCUGUUGGGCGUAGGAACCAUGGUUGGUGCAGACAUAUUAGCAGGGAGGGAAGACAACUCAGGGAGUGAUGUACUGAUUGGUGACAUCUUGGUUCUUCUUGGGGCCUCCCUCUAUGCCAUUUCUAAUGUUUGUGAAGAAUACAUCGUGAAGAAGCUGAGCAGACAGGAGUUUUUAGGAAUGUUGGGCUUAUUUGGAACAAUUAUCAGUGGCAUACAGCUAUUGAUUGUGGAAUAUAAGGAUAUUGCCAGCAUUCACUGGGACUGGAAAAUUGCCCUGCUGUUUGUGGCAUUUGCCCUCUGUAUGUUUUGCCUGUACAGCUUCAUGCCAUUGGUGAUUAAAGUCACUAGUGCUACUUCUGUCAACUUGGGCAUCCUGACAGCUGACCUCUACAGCCUUUUCGUUGGUCUCUUUCUCUUUGGCUAUAAGUUUUCAGGACUCUACAUCCUGUCCUUCACUGUCAUCAUGGUGGGCUUUAUCCUGUACUGCUCCAGUCCGACACGCACCGCAGAGCCGGCUGCAAGCAGCGUGCCUCCGGUCACCACCAUCGGGAUCGACAAUCUGGGGCUGAAGCUUGAGGAAAACCUCCAGGAGACCCACUCUGUGGCCUUGUAG